CACAAUGACACAUACCGACCCGGUAAUAAUAUUAUCCUACGGUUGUCAAAAGCAGGGAGGGCGCCAUGGCACCAUGCAAGGAUCUGGCUGCUGGGGAAGAGACCCUACCAAGCACAAUUGUGAUGCUACAGUAUUGCUACUCUUGAGCACACAGAAAAAGUGAAAACUUUAAGUUUAUUGACCGCAGGCAACAAAAUUGGCAGUCAAGCAUGGAGGGCAUGUCAGUCAUAGCCUUCAAACUUUGCUCUGUGGGGACUAUCCUGGUCAUCAGCCUGGUCGGAAGUUUUCUUCCGCUGAAACUGCGAACCGUCUCUGCCGAGAAAAGGAACAUGGUGACGGAUCUGAGCCGCUUCUUCACUGCGGGUGUCUUCCUCGGAGUGGGGCUCAUUCACAUGCUGCCAGAGGCAGCGGACAAUCUGCAGAAGCUGGGCAUCGGCAGGGUCGGGAAAAGAAACUUUCCGGUGGCGUACCUCAUAUGUGCUUUGGGAGUGGUCAUCAUCUGGUUUCUUGAGCAGCACACGUUCAGGGACCGCUCACGAAUGAUGGCUGUCGCCGCCAACGCCCAUAAGCGGGGAGGGGCAAGCAUCUGCUUUGUACGCGUCGAGCCCGUGUCCACAUACGGCAUGAUCGUUGAUUCGUCUGACGGCUCUCGGUCUCCAGUUGUGCGCAUACGCCCAGCGCCACCGAGUUACGUUCCCCCUCUUCUACAGAACGUGGAUGAGACACGCGCGCUUUUGUUGCCGGCAGAGGGAGUGUCAUCUGGCAGGGGGGUAUGGGAAGAGAGUGAAGCAGUGAGGACGGGGCCCCCCGCUGAGGACGUGCGGUUGUUGAUACCACUUGAGGGGCAGCAGCCUGUUGUAGAGGGGGGCAAGGAAGUCCUGAUCCCAGUGCGUUCUCUCAGAGAGGCUGGGACGGGGGGUUCCGGCGAAGUUCGAAUAGGGGGAGAAUCACAGGGAAGCGAUCUAGAGGCGGGGGGUGCUGCGGUUAGUGGCAAUCUCAAGAAGGCGGGGAGGCGCUCCUCGGGUGAUGACGGUCAUUCUUGCUCCAGUCAUUCCAGCUUGCAUCGAACAGGUUCGGGGCCUGAAGGAGGAGGGUCUCUCAGUCGAGAAAACUCGGCCAAGCGCGCAAAGGGGGGGCAAAGAAGAGGGGGGGCGAAGCUGAAGCGCAAUGAGUCGGGAAGUCUGUGGUCUCCGCAGGCAAUCAAUUGUCCAGUGGUGCUGCAUGAGGACCUGUUCACCCACCCCGAACACCGCCACCGCCACACCCACUCCGAGCCGGGGGGUCACAGCGGCCACUCGCACGAAGGCUUUGUUUCCCCCCCCUGCCCGCCAGACGACCACCGGCAGCUGCACCACCAUUCGCACACUGCGGAGCACCACCACGUGAUGCUCUCGGGGGGCUCGGGCAUGGCCUACAUCCUGGCGUCGCUCUUCUCGCUGCACUCGUUCGUGGUCGGGGCCGCGUUUGGGAUCGGGCGCGAGAUAGACCAGGGCGCCAUCUCGCUCCUCAUCGCCGUUCUCGCACACAAGGGCACCGAGGCCUUCUCGGUGGGGGUCCAGUUUGCUGCUGAGGGCGUCCCCCUGUCGCGGGUGGUGACCAUCAUGCUGCUCUACUGCGCGAUGACCCCCCUCGGCGUCUUUGUGGGCAUGGCCGAGCUGCUGGUGCGUGGUACCACCGGGCGGAUCGUUGAAAGCAUCACGCAGGCCUUCGGAGCAGGCACGGUUUUGUACAUAGUCAUGAUGCAGUUGACCGACCAGGACGGGAUGGGUGCGCUGCCCAACCGCUGGGUGCAAGCUGCGCUAAUCCUCCUGGGGCUAGGGAUCAUGAGCGCCGUUGCACUCGUGGCAUGACCAGCUGUAUAGGUUUCCACGGCUGCCAAUCUGCGCCUUAUUAGAGUUUUAAUUUCUCUGAAAGACAGUCAGAUCAGCGCCCUGCAAUCAUGGAACAUCGAAAUCGGAGAUAUUGUAGCAGUAGGCCUGCGUUUGGAUCCGGUUAAUGCGGCGAAAGGUGGCUAAAAUACUUUGGUAUAUCUCAAAGCAAGCAGAAGGAAGCCAGACGUUAGUUCUGUGCAAGCGCACACGGGUCUGCGUUGUACAGGUCUACUUAAUCAGACAGGUAGCAGGUUUCGUUAACCCAUUGCACUCAUCAUUCGUCUUCCAAUUGAUAUUGAACACUGUACAUAAGCUUCAAUGAUCCCUGUCAUGCUUGUUAUGUCAG